ACGCAGCCAAUAUCACAGACUCUCCAGGUUUUAUCGAUACCGAUUUAGCAAACACGGAAUUCUGAAUUUAUGUGUUAAAUAUUUAACAUCUUGUGAUCCUGCACAAUCCACAUUUAAAUUGGUGUGACGUGUGGUUAUAUCCAGUGGCACUUCUGCUCAUACAAGCGUGACGAAUUAGCAGUUAAAUAGAGAUAUAGGUUUUUUGUCUUUUUAAAGAGUGACGGAUAAGCUAACCUCACACCUACAUAAGUUUUUCGGCUAUACUCACUCUGGGGGACCCCCCACUCAAGCGUCACGAUGUCUUACAGGCUAGCGACAGACUUUUAUAUGCAACAGACGACAUACAAACAUGAUUACAACCCUGGUGGGAUCUCCCCACGAAACAGGCAGACAGACUACCCGUACGGAGCGGACGCACCCAAAGCCGAUGUACCGGGUCCCCUCAAUAACUUCCGGCCACGGUUCGGCGAUCCUCUGCCCCAACACAUUAGAGAUCUCGAUGGCCAGAGAUUUGACGAGGCGCCCCUAACGGACCGGCAGAGAGUUAAAAGAGGAGAGGAGUGGAUAGGCGGGAGACGCUAUGAAGAACCCCGUACAGACAGAGGAGUGUACAAUCCGCCAAGAAGGCGAUAUUAUGAGAUGGACGGACAGAGAAAUAUAUCACCAAAUAGGAGAUAUGACAGAAUGUAUCGUGAACUGGACGAUGGUCGACACACUUCACUAGAUAGGCCGAUCAAUAAGGAAAGAAUGUGGGAGAGCGAAUUAGAGAGGCAAAAUUUGAGGCCUGGACGACACACGUCAUUAGAUAGGUAUGAUACAAUGGAUAAACGAAAAGAAAAUCUAAAGCAAUACAUGAGGAACCGGCGACAGGACCCGUUAGAGGGAGGGUACCCCGAGAGAGGACGGAAUGGAUCUCCAGAAAGACAUCUUGACAGAGGGAGGGAAUACGAACGGCCUAGGAAUGAAUCACCGAGCAGGUGGGAUCGGGAUCGGAAUACAUAUAAUGCGGUCGAUGAUCGGCGUUACGAUCCAUCACGUGACAAGUAUAAAUAUCCAGACUGGUACGAGAAGCCACUUCAGCCCAUGAUGGACAGCUACGCCAACCAACAAAAAAUGGCCGAUAGGACGACCUAUCGUGACUAUGGAGAGUUUCUACAAGACAGAAUCAAAAGAGAAGAACUCCGAAAGCAACCAUUAGAAUACCCAGCAGCUAAUCUGAGGGACCAGCUGAGCCACAGAGAUACCUAUCGGGAACGGAUGUUUGGACCAGACACCGAGAACAGAUAUUACACAAGGGAUAACGAAAGGUUCAGAAAUGCCGACAAGGGGCGACAAGCAGAGGCCAAAAGUCGACGGGAAGCGGAGAAAAUCGAAUUGCAUGAUGGGAAUUUCAAACCAUGGGCGAGAGAUGCUUAUCAGAAUCCAUCUCAUCAUCCGCUUCGACGUGAACUAGACAAUGACAAUGGCAAAGACAAUGCCUCUGUUCACGACAAAAGAACAGAACACCAGAAUACAAGGCCCCAUACUGAACCAGCGAGCCAGACUUGGAGUGAUAAUUUAGAGCCCAAGUCUACCAACAGUGGAGUGUACCUCUUUAUGAGGACACACAUGGACGGCAAACCGGACGUCGUUAAAGCGUUGAAGGAAGGACGCUCCGUUUUGGCCAACUCCUACGGUCAAUUGAAGGGCAUCGCUAAUAGCACAGAGAUCCACCUACUGGAGGGUCGACCGGAGGGUUGGACCCACGUUCCGAGUAGCAAACCUGACAGAUCCUGGGAUGUUGGCGACUCCGUUAUCAUUUUCUGGUUCCCCACCAGGAAAGAGGCAGAAAUGUGGCUCUAUCACGAGAAAAAAUUCCAGAGGGCAUCUUUCCCAGAAUAUCAUGGAUCGGACAUGGCUUGUUUGCCAAUUAAUUGGAACCCAGAAAAUGAUCGACAUUACCCAACAUUCCUUGUGACGGAGUAUGAAGGAAUUGUUGAUCCAGAUCAAUUUAGGGAGAAGUUUGUCUCUAACAUGUAUGACAUAUUACAACGUCACAAAGCUGAGCGGUUUGUUAUUCAGACAGUGGGAAUUAAGAUGUUCCGGGGGAAUUGGUUUAAACAGAGAAGUGUUGUCACGUGUAACAGGUUCCCGUCAAGCCAAGCAGCCCUUGAUUUCUACAAUGACCCUGAUUAUGAACGUCUGAGAAGAUCAGUGAGGGAAAUCUCCAAAAGCAGAACCACCUUCAUGUUCACUCUCACGGAACGUCCGGUUUGAUCACGUGAUAUACCAAAAUAACCUGGUGCCAAAGUCGCAUCUACAAAGCCUGUGAUAAUUUUUAAGAUACUUUGCCCUCUAGUAGAACAUUCUGUGGAUCAGUAUUAUUCAGAUAUAGUCAGCUUUAAUUCUCAACUAAUUCCGGUAUUUUGCCCUCUGAAUCUAUUAGAUGAUAACCGGUUGUGAAUGGCGAAUACCUUAAAUUUCCGCUCAUUGCUGACACACCUUGUUUGGUUUUUAUAUGGGUUUGCCACAAGGUUUUCCCAGAUGACUCGGUGGUUUCUAACUCGGUUAAACAUAUCCUCUUUAGAUAUUGAUCUUGGCGUACAGAUAUCUUGUUGAACUACUUAGAUAAACGUAGACCUGCCCUAGAUAUUCCUCCGUAGUACUGAUAGACCUUUACUUUGGUAAGCAUUCUUUGUUUGUAAACCUUGUAUAUAUUGCACUUCCUUCAUAUCUAUCUAUUUAUAUUAUUCAGUACUGGACAUUUGUGUAUGUUAUUUAUUUCCACUAUUUAUUUGCUGUAUCUGUUGGGAGAGGUAUCGUCCAAUAAAGAAUUUUAAAAAAAGAAGCUACCUUUCUUGUUU